UCCCUCCCAUUCAAGGUGCGGCAGAGGAACAGGUACCUGAAGAAUCUCCGAGACAGUUUAUAAAUCGAAAAACCACCGUUGUUUAAACAUUUGAAGAGAGCUAAGGAAUACUUCAAUAGAUUAGCAAGAGGAGCUAACUUUAUCAGCAACACAGCACAUUUAGCUAAAAGUCGACAGUUUGAGGAGAGGGGGAUUUUUACCUUCACAGCAGGUGGACGUCAUCUCCGUUGUUUUUGCCGUCAAGUCGAAGAAAAGUAGGAAAUGGCCAACAAAGGUCUGCAGAUUUUGGGAUUCGCCCUGGCCCUUAUUGGCUUAAUUGGACUGAUAAUUGGCACAAUUUUGCCUCAGUGGAAGAUGUCUGCUUAUGUUGGAGACAACAUCAUCACGGCGAUAGCCAUGUACGAAGGACUGUGGAUGUCCUGUGCGUUUCAGAGCACGGGCCAGAUCCAGUGCAAGGUCUACGACUCUAUUCUGCAACUCAACGGUGCCCUCCAGGCAACCCGCGCCCUCAUGAUCGUGUCCAUCAUCGUAACGGUGGCCGGCCUGGGCAUCGCCUGCAUGGGAAUGAAGUGCACAAACUGCGGAGGAGAUGACAAAACGCGCAAGUCCCGCAUCGCCAUGGCCGGCGGCAUCGUCAUCCUUAUCGGAUCUUUGUGUGGCAUCAUCGCCUGCUCUUGGUACGCUCACGACAUCAUCCAAGCCUUCUACAACCCUUUCACCCCCGUCAAUACCAAGUAUGAGUUUGGUUCGGCUAUCUUCAUCGCCUGGGCUGGAGCAUUCCUGGCUGUAAUUGGAGGUGGCAUGCUGGCAGCAUCGUGCCCAAGACAAAAAUCUACACCCAAAUAUCCCAUCUCUAGACCCCCCAGCAGCAAGGAGUACGUUUGAAGAGGACAGACCCGGUGUUCUAGGCUGAAGAGACACUUUGACAUUCACAUUAGACCAACUCAGUGAUUUUUUUUUUUUAGGAAGGGAUCAGUUUUAUUUUUAUUUUUAGUUUCUUCAGGACUACCCUGGGAUGUUACUGUUAUAUUUGAACACAUUACAAGUUUUAAAUAAUGGCUGUUUACUUCUUAAAGAGCCUUUUGCCCUGUCUGAAACCACAGUAGGUGCUUACUGAUUGUAUACUAGCCACUGAGACCUGUAAAGCACCAAGUUAAAUUUAAGGGGAAACAUCUAGGACUUAAUACAAUUUGGUGUGUAGAAAUAUUAUUCGCAUGCUACGAUGUGCAGUGCAUCAGAUCAACAGUGUUUGAAUGCACUGAAAGUGGCAAAGGUCAACUCCUACACCUUUUUUUAUGACUCCAGUUGUCUGGCACUGAAAAGCACAUUCCUACCUUAUUUCCAUGUAUUUGUGCAUAUAACAAAACCCCAAUCAUUCAGUCACACCGCCAUUUCUGUUUUAAUCAACUGCCAGAGUGAUAUUGUAUCUAUAUAAAUUACAGUAUACUGAUCCUUUUAACGCGCUGCCAAUGUUCUUGUUGAAUUUGUGAUGCUGUGAGCGAACUAUUUUUUGACUUUUGUAAUAAUAACAGUUUGUGUGAAUGGACUUUACUUAUUACUAAUGUUUAAGUCAUAAAAACUGUUGCUUCACUCGUCAAAUUCAGUUUGUUUUUUAAAUGUUUUUAAUUGUGAUUUGCAAAGUUUGUGUUGUACAUAAAAUAAAAGUGGAAAAUACAAAGA